AGCAGCUGACCGAUGGGAGCGUUCGGAGCAUUCGGAGCAUUCGGAGUGAUUUCUACUGCACUCGCUUUCGCAGUCCUCGCGCUCGUGCGUGUCCGCGUAAGCUCGUGCGUUUCUCGUUUACUCGUUGUCGAUCGGCCCCACGUCGAUCGACGCGCGUCGCGUGUGAUCCGACCGAAAGAGUAAAAGCCGGCGGACGCAACGUACGCAGGGAAAUCCUCCGCGAGGACGCCGUAUCUUCUACGUCGAUUGCGAAACUGGUGAAAGGCGCGCGACACGCGGCUCAACGAAGACAACGGCGGCGGCGGCGGCGACGCUGACGCUGACGGACGGGUCACGGUUGGAAUUGUCACGGUCAACGGAACGCCGGGUGACUAUUAAAGCCUCGUUGAUCAUCCAUGGUGAGGCGUAUCCUGUCCUAAGAUUAAACGACCCCUGUGGAAUCCGUGCAUCCGACGGUGGAGCCCGAGGGUUACGCCGACGACGGGAUUGCCGUUGUUUGCCGUUGUCUCGCGAUAACCAACUAUUCCGGGACCAAUCCAAGACCGGCGGUCAAAUUGAGCGAAGUGGGAUACAAUGAGGUAGUAGACUGUCCACGGAGCACCUGGUGAGAGGCGGUUUUCAGCGCGACGGGUGAUAUGUUGCUGUCGAGCCGCGGCGGCCGAAAGGGGCCCAUCGCCUGCUUGGUGGGCCUCCUUCUCAUCUUCGCUCUUUAUCAGCUGGGCAUUAUUUGCGGCUCCACCAGGUACAUGCCCGCGGCCGUGAUGGUCAGCAAGGAGAAAUACGUGAUCGGGCCGUUUGAUCGCAAGACGUACACGUACGACCGUUACAUGCCGCUCAUUUUCAUCGGCGGUGUACCACGAUCAGGUACAACCCUAAUGCGUGCCAUGCUGGAUGCACAUCCUGACGUGAGGUGCGGGCAAGAGACGAGAGUUAUACCACGGAUUCUCCAGAUGAAGAUGCACUGGUCCAAGUCCGAGAAGGAAAACGUACGGCUUACCGAGGCGGGGAUCUCGAAAGAGGUGAUAGACAGCGCGAUAGCGGCGUUCUGCUUGGAAAUAAUAGCGCGACACGCCGAGCCUGCGCCGAGAUUGUGCAACAAGGAUCCACUCACCCUGAAGAUGGGCUCGUACAUCCUUGAGCUCUUCCCGAACGCAAAAUUUAUAUUCAUGGUGCGCGACGGACGCGCGACGGUGCAUUCCAUCAUAUCCAGGAAGGUCACUAUAACGGGAUUCGACUUAUCGUCCUACCGACAAUCUCUCAUCAGGUGGAAUCACGCAAUUUCCGUAAUGUACGGCCAGUGCAAGGAAUUAGGACCCGAGAGAUGUCUGAUGGUCCCUUACGAGCAGCUGGUGCUGCAUCCGCGCCAAUGGAUGAAGAAGAUAUUAAACUAUCUGGACGUGCCGUGGAACGAGUCCGUCAUGCAUCACGAGGAAUUCAUUAACAAACCUGGUGGAGUGCCUCUGAGCAAGGUUGAGAGGUCGUCGGACCAAAUCAUAAAGCCUGUGAAUCUGGCGGCGCUGACCAAGUGGGUCGGCAACAUUCCCGAGGACGUGGUGAGGGAAAUGGCGGACAUCGCGCCGAUGCUCUCCGUGCUCGGUUACGAUCCUUACGCGAAUCCACCCGUGUACGGCGCACCGGACAGUUUAGUUAGCGACAACACCAGACGGGUACUGGCCGGUGAAAAACUUUGGGAGGAGAAGGCGCGGGCGUACCAUCUAUCGCACAGGCCGAUCGAGAACAGCAACGAGGAAGCUGCUUCCAGUACGGCCCCAGUCGCGUGACCCCGCGUGAUUCUCGUAGGCGCGAGCGACACGUAACCGACUACACCCCAAGUCCCAUCGAUUUAGGAUUCUUGUGUACGCGGAGUACUAUCCCCUUGUACUUUCAAAGUAAACUCGGUCUUACGCGACGGCACGAGUCGCGUCGUGAAUUAAUUGCCCUUGUCAUAUUUUCUCAGUCUCCUCCGUUAAUCGCAUCCCGACGACGAUAGAUUAAUCGAUCAUUCCACGCGACGCUUAUUUAUUCGUAUCAGGAUCGCGCUUCACGAAGCCAGACGACGUAAUAUACUAGGCCGUGACUAGAAAAUAGGAUACCCCAGAAAUAAGCGGCCAAACUUGGAGAGACGUGUUCUGUCCCGGUAUUAUUUGACAGUUCGCGAGGCAUCGAUGUCAGGCGAUCCUUCGAAACGAAAAGAACAAGGGUCAUUCCAAGAUUAAACUUGUAUAAACUUUGUCGGCGUUCUCGCAAUAUUCUACCGCAAACGAAAACUGUGAGAGCAAAGUAUCUAUGUAUAACUUAGCGGGAGAGAAACAGCGUUUCUGGACGUGUAACCGUUUAUUACUUUCUCAACAGUUUCACUUGUCGCGAGUAAAAUAAAUUCCCAAUGUUUGAUCGUUUAUUUCUGAAAUACGACCUGUAUAUUAUCGCGAUAACUACAUAAUAGUCAUAGUAAUAUUUUUAAUAGUAAAAAUAUCUAUUUAAAAGGUUUGGUGCAAGAACGAAAUGAAUUUAUAAUUUGUAAGGUUUCCAUUUUGUACAUUUUAUAUUUACUAUGUAUUCACAAAUCGCUAAAAAAUAAUUGUUAAAUUAAUCUUUCUAUUUCCUUUUUAUAACGCUAUUUACAAAUUUAUUAGAUUUAAAAGUGAAAAGGAAGAAAAAUUUGAAAAAGAACUUUUUAUUAAUUGCAUUGCGAUUGAAUAACAUUCUUUUUAUCCGUAGACAUUGUCUAGCAUUACAAAUGUCGUAAUGUUACGAGGUAGAUCUCUAAUUGACGAUACUAUCAUUGUUUACUGUCUAUGGUCAUUGAGAACAAUAAGCGCGAGAUGCGUCGCGCUAGAGAUAAAACAACUUCGAACGUUAUGUAUUAUAUUAUUAUAUAUGGAGGAUCGGACCCUACGAUACAGGUUUUCAUUUCAGCAAGUUGAAUUCUAUAGGCGAUGUGCUAUAGAAAACUGCGAAGAAUAAACCUAUUCCAAUUGUCGCGUUUUUACGUCAAUUGUUGUAUCAUGUAGAUAAAUAUGAGAAUUUAUUUACGUUCGUAGAAAGCUAAGUUUCGCGAAAUUGGGUCCGGCCUUCUUUUUAUUAAAUGACAUCGACCAAUAACGGCCAGUGAUUUUAAAGAGAAGCGUUUAGAGUAUUUAGCGAGAGAGAAGUACUUUAGAUGUGCGAUGGAUGGGGAGUGAAAACUUGCCUCUUUUCUUUCCCCUUAUGAAUAAAAUAUCCGAUUGGUCGGUCUAGGAGGAUAUAAUCCAGUGCGAGAUUGUAGAACCAUAUAUCGUUAAAUACGAUUGUCCGAUACACGGAUCAAAAUUAUGCAAAAGCGAGUUAACCUGCCUGCCAAAGUAAUAAUUUUGAAUAAAUUAAGUAUAAACCCUGAGAUUCGUGUCGCUGACACAGCAGCGUACGCCAAGUACACACAUUUAUUCUUUUUUCUUCAAUGUUUCGGGUGAACUCAUUCAUGCAUAACAUUGUCCAAUUAAUGUAUACGUGUAUACAAAGUUCGCGUACUGGCGUUUUUAUCCUCCAUACCACCGUAUCUCGUUCUCACACCAUUUAUCGUAACGAAUUCGCGUGGAAUUAAAUGAAAUUUUUCAUGUUCGCCAUAUUUUGUAGAUAGCAUAGUGCAUCCGUGGCGUUUUUAAGUAGACCACUUUCGGUCGAUAUCUAUUUAAAAAAAUAAUAACUAUAUAUUUCUGAUAUAUAAUAAUAUUAGAAGUUAAUAUUGGGUUGUGGUACCAAAGCUUUGUCAUCGAAAGAAAUUAAAACUUUAUGGUUUCAAAGCUUUCUUCCUCUUAAUCGCGAAACGUUUUACAUAAAAAUGUUUAUCCUGAAGUUUUCUCUUUUAAACAAUUCAAAUAUUUUUUGAUCCUCGAUUAGAACAAAGUUUAAUGGAGAGACGACGAAGCCUUCGAAACAAUCUGAUGUUUAUGUAAGUGUAAAUAAUAUCCGUGAACUCGACCAUAAUUUGGUUGCGGUACAUUUUUGUUAUUCAUGGAUUCUAACAGUAUAUAUUAUCAUCUUAGAGAAGAAACAACACCGCCGUUACGACUGCAAACGGCAGCCGACGUGUCGAAAGGGGCAUGCUUGUCGAAAUCUAUCUGUCGAAUUGUGCAAUUAAAUUAUUUUAAUAUUA